UAUGGAUAAUGACAAUCCGAACGCCCUCAGCUAGAACAACAGCAAAGAGAGGAAGGAAACAAAAUUUUGUUGUUUUAUUUAACAUUUUAAAUAUUCGGCCAAGUGUGAAAAUCAGUUAAUCUGAUAGAUCGAACAGUCAGCAUCAUAAGCCAACGAAGGAGAUUUUUUAACUGUGAUGCUUUAAUGCUAAAAUCCAUUAGCGGAGGCGUUGGAGCGGCCGGAGCAGGAGCAGGAACAGGAGCUGGUGGAAGUGGUGGUGGUGGCGUGAGUGGAGGGGGAACAGGACCAGGAAGUGCUAGUGGCUCUGUGGGAAGUAGUGGUGGUAGUGGCAGUGGCAGCGGUAGCGGUGGCAGUACCCCAGCGAAUACAAUCUAUUGUCCAGCUUGUGUGGCUACCAGCGGUGGCAGCAGCAACGCUGGCUCCAUUGGCUCCUCCUACCAUCAACAACAGCCGGCUAUAGUAGUUUCCGAUUCCAAGUCACUGAAAAGGCAAAAGGCUAGAAAAAGUGCCUCAUCGGCUGGCUGCCUGGACGCUCAGCAUAUACGGAAUCAUUUAAGAAUGUCCACAUCCAGUUCCAUGCGCAGCACGCGCGGUCCCCCAUCCACGAAUAGUAAUUGUAGCAAUAGUCUGGCCUAUGAUUCCACCAGUAAUGGCAGCUAUGGUAGUGCCACCGGCAGUGGCAACGGCAGCGCCAAUGGCAAGGCCAUCUCACCUGGCAGUUAUAGUUGUAAUGCCUUAAAUGUUGACUUUAGUUCCUACACUGCGACACAUCAAUGGACAAGAAUGCUGGAAUGUGCGGAAUUUGUGGGGGCCAAACGCAGCAAACAUACCGUUGUGGCAUACAAGGAUGCAAUGUUUGUUUUUGGCGGUGAUAAUGGCAAAAAUAUGCUCAACGAUCUGAUACGCUUUGGCGUCAAGGAUAAAUCAUGGGGAAGGGCAUGCGCCACUGGAACACCGCCAGCGCCGAGAUAUCAUCAUUCGGCUGUUGUCGCUGGCAGUUCAAUGUUCAUCUUUGGUGGCUACACUGGCGACAUUCAUUCCAAUUCCAACUUGACCAAUAAGAAUGAUCUGUUUGAGUAUAAAUUUCAGAGUGCCAUGUGGGUGGAAUGGAAAUUCUCUGGAAAACAACCUGUGCCUCGUUCGGCCCAUGGAGCAGCUGUAUAUGAUAACAAAAUGUGGAUCUAUGCCGGCUACGAUGGCAAUGCACGACUCAAUGAUAUGUGGACAUUGAAUUUGACUGGUGAAAAUCAUCAAUGGGAGGAGGUUGAACAACAGGGCGAUCGUCCGCCAACUUGCUGCAAUUUCCCCGUUGCCGUUGCCCGUGAUGCCAUGUACGUGUUCUCGGGUCAGAGUGGCUUACAAAUAACCAAUUCGUUAUUCGAAUUUCAUUUCAAAACCCGCACCUGGCGUCGCAUCUCGAACGAACCUGUAUUGAGAGGUGCCACGUCGGCACCACCCUCACGUCGCUAUGGCCACACAAUGGUUCAUCACGAUCGAUUCCUAUAUGUAUUCGGUGGCUCUGCGGACUCGACAUUACCGAAUGAUUUGCAUUGCUAUGAUCUGGACUCUCAGGUUUGGUCCGUAAUCCUGCCCGAACAGAAUUCAGAUGUGCCAUCGGGCCGGGUGUUCCAUGCAUCGGCUGUUAUCGGCGAUGCGAUGUAUAUAUUCGGUGGCACUGUGGACAAUAGUGUGCGUCGUGGGGAUACCUAUCGUUUUCAGUUCUCCAGCUAUCCCAAGUGUACAUUGCGCGACGAUUUUGGUAAAUUCUUCCAUGAGAAACAAUUCUGCGAUAUACAGUUUGUGGUCGGUGGCCAGGGGGUGAAAAUUAUGGCUCACAUUGCCUUUGUGGCGGCCCGUUCGAAAUAUUUGCGCAACAAAAUAUUGGCCGCCCGCGAGGCUCGACAACAGCAAAUGGAGAAAGUCUAUGGUGUGGGACAGGUGGACGCGCAGGCGCUGAAUACCGGAGUGGGCGGCGAACGGGCACCAAUGUUGGAGGUGCGAUUGGUUCAUGCCUCGCCCGAGGCUUUUGAUAUUAUUCUUAAUUAUAUUUACACCGAUCGCAUAGAUCUUGAGGAUUCGUAUAGUAAGAAUAUUAUAAUAUUAAUAACCGAUAUCUAUCAAUUGGCUGGCCUAUUCACAAUGCCGCGCCUGGCGCACGGCUGUAUACAAUAUUUGGAUUAUAAGAUCAAUAAGGUCAAUGUUCUCGAGGCUCUUUACAAUGCCGAUCGCAGCAACAUUAAAAUCAUCAAAGAUCAUUGCAUGCAAUUUAUCAUAAAAGAUGAAAAUUUCACCGAAGUGGUUAUGUCUAGUGAAUUUAGCGAUUUGGAUAAGCCAUUGCUGGUGGAAAUUAUACGUAAACGUUUACAUCCCAGCAAACUGGUAAUGGAUACCACAUACGAAUCGAAUAUAGGAACCACCUUGGAAAUCGAUUUGUCCACAUUUCUAGAGACAACUGGCAAGGAUUUCUGCGAUAUAAGCCUCAUAUUAGAGGAUCAUGUGAUACCAGCCCAUAAAUCUAUAUUAUCAGCACGCUGUACCUACUUCCAGGGCAUGUUUCGUUCAUUUAUGCCACCAGAUAAUACAGUGAAUAUACAAAUUGGAGAAAUUUCACCAUCACUGGAGGCCUUUCAUUCUCUACUGCGUUACAUUUAUUAUGGUGAAACGAAAAUGCCACCGCAAGAUGCCUUAUAUCUAUUUCAGGCACCUUGCUUCUAUGGACUCUCAAAUAACCGAUUGCAUGCAUUUUGCAAGUAUUCACUCGAGCAUAAUAUCACAUACGAGAAUGUCUUACAGACAUUGGAGGCAUCGGAUAUAACGAAAAUCUUUGAUAUCAAAGAUUAUGCAUUAAAAUUGAUUGUCAAAGAUUUUGCCAAAGUGGCGAGGCUACCAAAAAUAGCCAGCCUAUCACGUGAACUAUUGUUGGAGAUAAUACGCGCUGUGGCCGAUUCGCAAGGCGAGUUUCUAACACGAAUCAAUAUCACCAAUACCGAUAUCUGAAACUUGGUCCUGCUACAGCCGGCAUUGCAAGUGUUGCUCGCCUGGUUGCAAAUCGGACGUAGCACGUAGAGAGCCAGCAGUAGCCCGUUCCCGCUCCCCAUCAUGAUCACGAUCGCCAUUGUCACCACAAUCCUCUUCCUUCAUUAUGGUAGCCAAUCAAGUCAUCAGUACAUAAAACUGGUAGUUCGAAUCAUGCUAAUCUCCAUAAUCUACAUAAAACAGAGUUUUAUACAGUUGUAAUUAUUAUUAUUAUUAUAGUCCUAUGUCUCUCUCAUACUUAUUUCUACAUAUACAUACAGUAUAUAUACAUCUUUAACAUAUAAAUACCUUGUACCUACAUACAUAUAUACCCAUUGCCCUCAAAA